AUGCGUCACGUCCCUCUCUUUGCGGCCGUGUGUGUGUUGUGCGCAAGGCACUUUGUUGUGGUGCGACGUGGAUGGCGUUGCUGCUACGUAUGCUUUUGUGCGUGCGCUGUGCGGCGGGCUUCCCUUCCCCAUACCACCGUCCUUAUUUGUGGGAGAAUAGAGGGAGUGGAGAUGUGUGAGGGUGGCCGUUGUUUCCGCAUAUUUGCGUCUUCCACAAAAGUGGCAUUUUUCGGCAGCCUCUCGCAGCACCCAGGCCGUGGAUCGAGAGGAUGGGAGGGUCGGCUCCAAGCACAACGAGGACACCGAGAUGCAGUUCAUGACGGCCAACCUGAUCCGCGGGUGGUUCCAGCGCAUGGAGCACGUGCGCUAGUACGCGUUCGGCGUUGCACUCAUCAUUGGGGAGGAGAGGCGGCACGACAUUGUGGCGCUGUGGGUGUUCCGCGGCCGGGGCAUGCCGGCGAUUGUGGAGGACGUGGAGGACACGGAGCUGUUCGACUGGGAGGAGGUCGCCGACGUCGCGGCGCAGCGGGAGCGCAUCACGGACUACCUGUGCUGGGAGGGCCCGGCGAUCCCGAGGCCUGUGCUGGAGGGGCGUGUGUUCAAGUGAGCGUGGCGUGCCUGUGA